CGACUGAUUUCUGUCACGAAAUGUCGGGCCAUCUUGUCAAAUCAACAUAAGAUGAAGCUUUGUUCUUUCUUAAUAAUAUGUCAUUUAUAACAAUUUUGCUAAUAAUAUGUCUUAUAAAUCCAAUACAAUCUUUAUCCAAAUCCAGCACCGAUGUCAUCGACAGUUUGUAUAACGUAUCAAUAUCUCGUCACAAGCGAGCCCACACAGAGUACACGCGAUGGCGACCUAAUCAACUAUCCACUGAGGAAUUCAUCGUAAAAGUACUAGAUGAUGAUUUACCAACUACGACCGCAAAAGAAGUGGUCGCAGUAAAUAUUUUAGCCACAAGAAGAGAUGAGGCGAAGAUUAUUGUUGGUGGAGCUGUGGUGCCCUCACCGACACCACAAUUUCCGGACGUGGCAGUGAGCGUCAGUAGAAAUCCAACGUAUUCUCCGAAAGCUCGUGUUCGGAACGAUCCUCCGUUUCCUCAAUACAAGUACGGUGUAUUACCACAACGGGAUGAGAGUCCUCCGGCCGGGCCACAGUUCGUCGCCCGGCCUCCAUCGUUGCUGUCUCGCCAGUACGCGCCCAUCACUCCUGUCGUCUUCACUCAACGUUCUUCAGCCACUUACCUUACUCCACCGAUUGCAGAUCGCCGUACUCCAGCCGGAACGUGGAUGAAGCCAUCAAGAACAGCACCUUUUCCAGAAAUAGAAGAACCUUCGCGAACGUCUGCUUUUGAGCAUGAAUUUGUCAAUUUUCACCCAUUCGAAGAUGAAGAUUUGAAAUCGAAUCCAAUUUAUGUAAGUCGCAGCUCAUACCUACCUUCCACAGUACCAGAAAGGACAACAUUACAAUACAAUAUUUAUAAUGCCGAUGAGAGCACCAUAGUGGACAUCCCUACAUUAACUACAGAGGCUGUAUCAAAAACGACUGAGAAGACAGAAGAAGACAAGGAUUUCGAUCCAACCUAUGGUAUGAUGUUUUAUAGUGAAGAGGAUAACGAUAUCACUAAAUCGGAGCACAAAGCAUAUAAAGAUGAGCCUGAACCGCGUACUAAUGAAACACACGAUGAAACUAUGUUUACAACAGAAUUAAUACGAAAUGUAUCAAUAGAAAACCUAGAACGCCAGGAACCGGAUAUAAGCAGUGAAUUAGAGGUAGAAUUCCAAAAUACAACAAAUUUUGUUUCUAAUAGAACGCAUACAGAUACAGAGUUUGAUAUCGAGAUAUUGGAAGCACCUGCGACUGUAAAACAUAAUUGCAGUUUACUACAAAUACGGCCUUUAAGUUUUAAAUCGCCACGGACUUUGCCAGAGAUUAUAUUGCAGUUAAAAAAAUGGGCUGAGACAAGUCCCGUAGCGAAAAUAGCCGAUAUAACCACUGGAAACUAUACAUUAAUGGAAAAUCCUAUUUAUAUGAUGAUAAUCGACGAUCCAAGCAGUGGUCAGAUUGUUUCGGCUAAGCAAACCGUUAUGGUAAUUGCCGGUAUUCAGGGUCGAGACCACCAGGCGGUAUCAGCCGCUCUCUACGUGCUGUACCAACUAGUAGAACGAACCGAGGAGCAUGCCGAUUUAUUGGCAAAAUACCGCUUUUGGAUUGUUCCUGUUUUCAAUCCCGAUGGAUAUGACUACUCCGUUACCUUUCCACAACGUCGAGAAUGGACGAAGAAUUUGCGACAGACUUGGGAGACCAGUUCCGCCAAAAGUCUCUGCGGUUCAUUUGGCUUAAGAUGUUCAAUAAAACCAUGCUACGGAGUGAAUCUUGAUAGAAAUUUUGAAUAUCAAUGGAUUCCACCGGAGGAGCUGAGGGCGGAGCACCCGUGCGGCGAGCUGUACGCGGGCGCACGGCAGCUGAGCGAGGCGGAGACGCUGGCGCUCACACGCUACCUGCACGGACAGCGAGUGCCUCUGCACACAUUUGUCGCCUUCAAAGAGGGCGACGUACUUGGUAUCAUGUAUCCUUAUUCGCAUACGAAGAAAUCUCGUGCGUUUGAUCAUAUUUAUAGGCAGCGAGCGUCUCGCGCCGCGUCCGCCGCGUACGGCAUCAGUGGCAGACCGUACGUCGCCGGACAGACUUCGCAGUUUUUACCAUUGUACGCAGGAGGUAUAGAGGAUUGGGUUGAUGGUCACCUAGGUAUAGAUAAUACGUAUACUGUCAUGAUGUUUCGACCCACGGAUUCGUUCAAUUCUAAAUACGUCACUGAGCGUGUGGUACACGAAGCUUACGCUGCAUUGGACACUUUACUUCUGCAUAGCAUGGAACCGCCGCAUAAAACGCCUGUCGUUACUCUGUCCAGGUCUAAUAAAGGCACUCGCCACACGCUUUCAUACCCGAUGGUCAGCGUCCUCUGUACUUCUAUAUUAACUGUCCUUACCGGUGUUACCAUAUUAAUAAGAGUUUAAUGGUUUUUGAUUUAAAGAGAAGAGUUUUUAUGCCUAGAAGGAAUCGCCAACUACGUAUCAGGGUCAAUGACCCUGAUAUUGAGCUUUAUAUAAAUAAGUGUUGAGGUUAAAAAGCUGAACUAAUACUCGUAAUAGAUUUGUAAUUAGUGUAUUUAACAUUAUUCACUUCGUAUCAAAUUAACGUUUAAUUGCAGCGACGAGUUAGUAGGUUUUUACAUUUAUUUAUAACUUUUCUUAUAAUGUAUUAAAUAAAUUUUGGAAUAUCAUAAAUUGUUGGCGAUCAGCAUUUAAUUUGUUUAUUUUAUAUCGAAAGCGGUAUAACUUUGUAUGAAAACUUUUAAUAAAUGUAUUAUUACGUUA